ACAGAGAGGCAGACGACCCAGGAGGCAGCAAUGCAACCACAAAAAAGAAGGGAGAGACACAAGGACAAACAAAGGCAGAUACGUGUGGGGAGACUGCUGAAGCAAGGACAAAUAAGGAGGAAGAGAGACCAAGAAUAAAGAAGAGGUGGUUGCACCAUCUGCUGCCUGUGAAACAUGUUAGCCAUUCAGACGAGAGCAGGGAGACAGCCAGCAAUCUGCAGUGAGAUACACCAACAACCUCUGCUGAAUGACAGUCACAAUGAAGAGGCAGCAGCCAAAAGAGGGGAGAGUUUUGACGAAGAGAUUUGCACUUCUCUAAGGAGUCCGACGACACAUGCACAAGCAGAAUCCACUCUCCUCUUUCUUUGGAACAUACUGUAGACUGAGAACUGUUACAGUGGGAAUAUUUAAUCUUGAAUAAUUAGUUAUAUGACGUAAGAGCUUUGCUAAAGAAUCAGGGUUGCUCCACUUGCGAUGCACACUCCAGCCUCCAUGGUGAUGGGUAUUGUCUUUGCCCCUUUGGGAUUGGUCCUGGUCUUCACUGCCGCCAUCACCCCUCAGUGGAGAGAGGGACAGGCUCGUCUGGGCAUGACAGGGCCGGGGUCGAUUCUUCGCUCAGGAGUGAAAGGUCAAGGGGUGGGGAUCAGGUCUGGGGCAGUGGAAGCUCUGCUACUACUGCGCUCUGAUGGACUUUGGGAGAGCUGCCUGCAGGUGGAGCACUCAGAGCUGAAGCAGUGCUGGCCUGUGGCGGGUCCGUAUCAGAGGGACCCAAGGGUUCGCCUGGCACAAGGUUUGAUCCUGACCUCAUUGUUCCUCUGCGGCACUGGCAUCGUUCUGGCGUGUAUCGGGGUCCGGUGCUGGACAGAUAUACCUCUGAGAGGUGUAGCAGCUACAGGUGGACUCCUGGUGGUGACAGCCGGGCUGCUGAGUCUGACUGCACUCGGGGUGUACACCCACAAUCUUGCAAGACUGGGGAUGGCGUUUCCAAAUCAAGGGAUCAAUAACCCCAGGUUCCCCCACCUCAUCCUGCGUCCAGCGUGCUCGCUCUACUUUGGGUGGUUGGGUUCUUGUUUACAGGUGGUCGGAGGCAUUGCUCUGAUGUUCAGCUUCAAACGACCAAGAUAUCCCACCUGCCCAUCCUGCCCAGAGCUAACCGUCUGCCCUGCAUGCCGUUCAUGUCCGGAGAUCACCAACAAGCAUGACACAGAGGUAUAUGAAGUCAGCUGUUAGAAUAUAAACCUCACACAUACAUGACCUAAAAAUCACAUCGAAAUGACCAAAUCUGGACAGGUGGGAACUUAUUAAAGUCAAUUCAAACUUAUCAGCUGAUAUAUCUGCCAACCAUGGAAAUUACCACUCCAUGAUGAAUGGACUUGAAUGUCAGGUAUGAGCAUGAUGGAUGUAAUUGCCUGUUGAUGUAGACAGAAACACAAUCACACAAAUAUAACAAAAAACAUAAAAGCUCAAGUAUUCUGCUGCCUUUCACUGUAGUGAAACAUGACUGGGGUAUCUUUGUGCCGUCUUUUACAUUGUAGCCAUGCUUUUGUACUGUUUUUACAUGUAAAGGUGUAAUUUGUGAUAAAUGAAAUGCUGCUUAGAUGAUGUUAAGGCUUUGAAAAAAGACAAUUGAUUAAACGUGUUUUAGAUAGAGUGUAAACUUUGAAAGCUGGAUUUCUAUCUGUAGUUUGUAGUUAGUCACAUUUAGGAAAAUCUUCUGUUUUAGUAGCAAAUAUGGUUAAUUGGACUGUAGAGAAAAAUCUAUAAAUAUCUAAUUUAGAAGUCAGGUAGACUGUAAGAACAUCACAAAUAAUCUGUAGGCGUCUCAGCCUUCCAGAGUAAAUCUCUGUAAGAUACAUUCACAAAGGACCCUUCAUCUAGGGAAUGUGAUAUUACCGACUCAAUAACACAACAUUGAGUCAACCAAACAGUGUCUGCGGAG